AAAAAAAAAAAAAAAAAAGGUUACAAAGUAGAAUUUAUAAAUUAAUAAAAAAAAUUAACAAAUAAACUAAUAGAACAGUUCCACUAACAUCAUACUCCGUAUAAAAAGCCGAGCGUCCGGCAACACCCGCAUAAAAUAAACCUUGUUUACAAACUCUAUAAACCCAUUCAUUCCCUUCUUCCUGGAAUAACCCACAACACACCACCAACCCAAAACUAUCACCAAAAUGCCGAGUAUUAUCAGGAAUCACUUCCACCUUUGCUUCUCCAAAAUCAAGUGUUUACUUACCUCUCUCUCCCCUCCAUUAACCCUCCACGACGACGACAACGACGAUGAAUACUUUGAUCACAUUCCUAACAACCUCAUUACCAUCCACAACAACCCUCACCCAUCAUCGUCCAUACUUAACAACUUCAAUAUCAUCUACGACAACCCCUCCACCUCCUCAUCGUCGAGUGCGGCAACUACAACCAUCUUUCUCGAUAAUAACCUUUCCUCCUCUUUCUCCAACUCUUCAGCCAUCGCCACUGACGAAUGUCCUGAUCUUUCUGCUAUUUUCGCCUCCCAACGGUUGUUUGUCUCCACCCCCGGUCUUUCCAACUCUAUUUUGGAAUCCCCUUCUUCCGACGAUGAUGAGCAUCAGAUGAAGGAGAAACUGGUGGGCGGAGGAGUCCCGAUAAAAAAGGACUCUCCCAACCCUUACAUUGACUUCCGAAGGUCAAUGCAGGAGAUGAUUGAGGCUAGGAAGAUUGAAAUGAAGCUAAAUAAUCAACAUAAUCUAGUAGAUGUUAGUGAUGAAAGUGAUGAUUUGUCGGAGUAUUUACGGGAGCUUCUCCUUUGUUAUCUCAACUUAAAUCCUAAACAUACUCAUAAGUUCAUUAUUGAAGCUUUUGCUGAUCUUCUAGUGUCUCUAAUGCCGCCCACGCCCCUGCCCCACCGCAACUAUACGAGUUAGAGCUCCAGGUUGCGGUUGUUGCAAAGCUUGUUACUUCGGGGAAUUGAAUUUCCUUUUUUUUUUUUUUUUUUUUUUUUUUUUGGAGUAAGCUACUAGAAGAGUUGAGCUCGUCAAAUCCCCAAAGCGUUCACUUAUAUUAAUAUGUGUACAUUGAUUGGUUAGAGAAAAUUAUGUUUCAAGCAUUUUUGUAUGAUAUUGUAUGAUUUAAUGACGGAAAAUUCAUGUAAUCUUCUUGUAUGUUGGAGAAAUGAAAUUUAGACAUUGUAGAAAUUGACAUGAUUUCUAGCAAUUACACAUGAAAUAAAUUCGUUGAUGAUGAAACUUAGUUAUUAGAUUGCAAUCAACAAUUUUCAUUAUUGACAAGGUUACUUCGUCAGUAGAUUUCGUUAGUACCCAAUUUAGGAUCCAUUUUCAUAUGAAACUAUUUAAAAUGGAUACAAGAAAACGAAGAAAAGAAAAAUUAUUUUUUAUGACAAGAAUUUUGGGUGUGAUGAAAUAGGACUGAACAAGUAUCAUCUCAUCCGUGAAAUUACUUUUACUUGUUUCAUUAUUCUUUGGCCCUGUUUAAUUUGAUGUAAAACAUUUUCAAUGGA